CUGCGAGAUACAAGCAAACCACUGAAUUCUUGACGGGUAGCAGUGUGUCUGCUUCCAAAUUUGUGAGGUUGGAAGGCUGUUGGAAGCUUUUUUUUUGCUUUUCUUCGCUUCCAAAAGGACACCUGAGCCGUCUUGCGGAGACGGUCGAUGGGCUGCGCAGAGCACGAGAUAUUUCAGAUUGCUCGAAGUUGAGGCUGUGAUCGCAGCGCAUCGAUAUCGCCAUCAUGGGUGUUCCAGCACUGUUCAGAUGGCUGUCCCAGAAGUAUCCGAAGAUUAUCUCCCCGGUGAUCGAAGAGCUUCCUUAUGAAGUGGGUGGAGAGGUCAUUCCGGUCGACACGACCGGACCCAAUCCCAACGGGGAGGAAAUGGAUAAUCUGUACUUGGAUAUGAACGGUAUCGUUCAUCCCUGUACGCAUCCAGAGGGCAAGCCCCCGCCAGCGAACGAGCAGGAGAUGAUGCUGGAGAUCUUCAAGUACACCGACAGAGUGGUCAACAUGGUCCGACCGCGCAAGCUGCUCAUGAUCGCAAUUGAUGGUGUCGCGCCCCGAGCAAAAAUGAACCAGCAACGAGCGCGUCGAUUCCGCUCCGCUCAGGAGGCUCGGGAAGCCGAUGAGAAGAAGGAGGAAUUCCGGAAGCUGCAGGCGAAGCAGAACGGUAACAAACUGGAGGUGGAGCUGCAAGAGGAGGUCAUCCAGAAGACAUGGGACAGCAACGUCAUCACUCCUGGAACACCGUUCAUGGACAUUUUGUCUGCGUCGCUGCGGUAUUGGAUCGCCUACAAGCUGAACACUGAUCCGGCGUGGGAGAAGCUGAAGAUCAUCAUCUCCGACGCGACUGUGCCUGGUGAAGGAGAGCAUAAGAUCAUGGAGUUCAUUCGGUCCCAGAGGUCAUCGCCAGAACAUGAUCCCAACACCCGUCAUGUUAUGUACGGGCUGGAUGCCGAUUUGAUUAUGCUGGGUCUGGCAACCCAUGAGCCUUAUUUCAGAGUCCUUCGAGAAGACGUUUUCUUCCAGGAGUCUAGGGCUAGAACUUGCCAUCUAUGUGGUCAAGCCGGCCACAAGGCGAAUGAAUGCAGGGGUCAGGCUAAAGAGAAGAACGGCGAGUUUGACGAAAAGGGCAAGGGUACCGCUCUCAAACCGUUCAUCUGGCUGCAUGUUUCUAUCCUUCGGGAGUAUCUGGCCGCCGAGAUGUACGUACCGCAACAGCCAUUUCCCUUUGAUCUGGAGCGGGCGCUGGAUGACUGGGUCUUCAUGUGUUUCUUUGUCGGUAACGACUUCUUGCCACAUCUUCCUUCUCUUGACAUUCGAGAGAACGGAAUUGACACUUUGAUCGCAAUCUGGCGUGAUAAUAUCCCGGUUAUGGGUGGAUACCUCACGAAGGAUGGGCAAGUUGACCUGAAGAAGGCCCAGCUUAUCCUGCAGGGGCUCGCGAAGCAGGAAGACGCUAUUUUCCGCCGUCGACGACAGACGGAAGAGAGGAGACAUCGGAACCAGCAAAGGCGUAAAGAGGAGGAGAGAAUGCGGGAUGAUGAACGCGCGCGCAAGCGAAGGAGGAGCUCGCCCACCUAUGACUCUCCUACUGGCAAGUCUCGCAAGAACGGGCCAGACGCUGGGCCUCCAGCUGAUCUGCCUCUGAUCACUCCCGGAAGAGGACAUCUAUCGAAAGAGAAUCGGGAGCUCACUCACAGCAUGGUAGUGAAUCGGGGAGCUAUCUACAAGGCAAAUGUGGCCAACAAGAGCGCCGCAGCGGUACUGAAGAGUCAGCUUUUGAAGGGCCCUACCGCAGAUGCUAGCGAGGGUGACGCAACACCAGCAGACAACGAGGAUCCGUCGAAUGUCGAGGAAGAGCAGACAUCCCCAUCAGUGCUGGGUAAGCGCAAGGCUGAUAUGGCGGAGGACGAAAAUGUCGAGCCUGGAACUCCGGGAAGAGACACGCCUAUUGUGGACAACACACCGAAGGAUGAGGAUGAGCUCCCUCCUGACACAGUGCGCCUGUGGGAGGAAGGUUACGCCGACCGAUAUUACGAACAGAAAUUCGGUGUCGACCCCAAAGACAUUGAGUUCCGUCACAAGGUCGCGCGAGCCUACGUGGAGGGACUUUGCUGGGUGCUGUUGUAUUAUUUCCAGGGCUGUCCUUCCUGGACUUGGUACUAUCCUUAUCACUACGCGCCUUUUGCGGCUGACUUUGUCGACAUCGAUGACGUGGAGAUCAACUUCGACAAAGGAAGUCCAUUCAGACCGUUUGAGCAGCUGAUGGGCGUGUUGCCGGCAUCUUCCAACCAUGCUCUACCCGAAGUGUUCCAUGAUCUCAUGAGCGACCCCAACAGCGAGAUCAUUGACUUCUACCCGGAAGACUUUCCAGUAGAUCUCAAUGGCAAGAAGUUCGCCUGGCAAGGAGUUGUGCUUCUCCCGUUCAUUGACGAGAAGCGCCUCCUGGCCGCCAUGCAGAAGAAGUAUCCUCUUCUGACCGAGGACGAAAGGGCGCGAAAUACGAUGGGCCGUGAUGUCCUCUUGUUAUCCGACCGCCAUCCACUGUACAAGGAGUUGGUCUCUAAUCUGUACUCCAAGAAACAGAGUGAGGCCAAGUUCAAACUCAACAUGCGUGUGAGUGAUGGCCUUGCGGGUAGGGUUGAGCGGAGUGAGGCCUACAUCCCACAUAGCUCGUUGGUCUCGCCGCUAGAAGACAAUGGUCUGCCGAGUCUGGAUGAGGACCACUCUAUGACGGUGAAUUACGAGAUCCCGAAGUCGUCUCACGUCCACAAAUCUAUGCUUCUCCGAGGCGUCAAAUUGCCGCCACCGACCCUCGAUAAGGCGGAGAUUGAGAUUGUCCGGUCGAAGGCGGCACAUUCCGGCCGACAAUAUGGCGGUGCUCCGCUCCGCAAUGGAAAUGGAGGUGGUCGUGGUGGCCGUAUCAACUACGCCAACGACAGACCAAACCCUUUCGCUGCUCAUAUCAAUCCUGGCUUUGUCCCGCCGCCGAACAUGGGCGCUCCGAUGCCACCUUCGGGCUGGGUUCCCCCUGCCCCUGGAACUAUGGGAUACUCCCAGGGGCCACCCCCACCUCCUCGAGGCGGCUACAACGACCCGUACCGCCAGUCAUACCCCGGGGGGCCCCAGCAGUCUGGUAAUCAACAUGGCGGUUACUAUGGCCAGGGGAACUACCAUAACCAGUCCUCAUAUGGUCAGCAGGGAUACAAUCAGUCUCACCACGGACAAGGCGGCGGUUACCAGGGCCAGCAUUAUGGCUCUGGUCGCAACGAUCGACGGGAUGGCGGUUACGGUGGCGGAUAUCGCGAUCAGCGCCAAGGCCGUGACAGCUAUGGUUCCAGGCGCAAUGAUGGAUAUGGACGAUACUAGGCGUUCUGAAUUGGCUUGCUUUUGAGAAAUCUUGUACAGUAGCAGUAGGGUACGAGCAUACGCUGGACUAACUAUCUACGGAGUUAUGGAAGAACUCAGAUCAAACGAAGUUUCCGAGUUGUGUUCUGAAAUUUCAUCGUCUGUCAUAAAGUAGUCUAACAAAGGGAUUGACUUCCUGUUGAUAAUCAAGGAGCUACUUAUGUGAUGCUCCUCGUACGUAGAUCAGUACACGAUAAAUUGCCUGCCUACCACAGAAGUGCCGAAUAAGAUGCAAUUAAUACCAGAUCACCAAGGACGACAGGAAAUUCCCUGCUCGGAAUCAGCGACUCAUCCACCUAAGAGCAGAGUCCGUCAGACAUCAACAAGGCUAGACUCCUAGUCAUUCCAGCACUGGGACCACGUGUGCACUGCCCUGUUCUAUCGAUG